AUGGCUACCAAAUUGACCUUCACACUGUCAUGCCCGCGUCCAUUCACUGCCCCUACACCAACGCCCUUCAUUCCAAUCUCUUCUUUCUCCUCCACUUCUGUCUCUCCUCUCCACCUUCUUCAAUUCAAUGCUCGCAACUUAUGCCUUCGCCGCAGGCUAUUUCUGUUUUCUCCCAAGGCCACCGCCGAUCAAGGCAAGGUUGAGGAAGAUGAUGUUGUGGACAGUAAAAUCCUUCCCUAUUGUAGCAUAGACAAAAAGGAGAAGAAAUCAGUUGGUGAACUUGAGCAAGAGUUUCUUCAAGCACUGCAAGCCUUUUAUUAUGAGGGGAAGGCUAUUAUGUCAAAUGAGGAAUUUGAUAAUCUUAAGGAAGAACUCAUGUGGGAAGGGAGCACCGUUGUGAUGCUAAGUUCUGACGAGCAAAAAUUUCUGGAAGCGUCUAUGGCUUAUGUGUCUGGAAAACCAAUCUUGAGUGACAAAGAGUUCGAUGAUUUGAAACUAAAGCUAAAGAUGGACGGGAGCGAAAUUGUGGCUGAGGGUCCACGGUGCAGUCUUCGUAGCAGAAAGGUUUACAGUGACCUAUCUGUUGACUAUUUAAAGAUGGUCCUUCUGAACGUCCCAGCAACUGUGAUUGCCCUAGGAUUGUUCUUCUUCCUUGACGAUUUGACUGGAUUUGAGAUCUCAUUUCUGAUAAAGAUUCCAGAGCCAUAUAGUUUUAUCUUAACUUGGUUCGCCGCUAUUCCCUUUAUUUUGUGGCUGGCUCAAGCAAUUACAAGGGCAAUUGUAAAAGACUUUUUGAUUUUAAAGGGCCCCUGUCCUAACUGUGGCACUGAAAAUACCUCUUUCUUUGGGACUAUACUGUCAGUUUCAAGUGGCGAUUCCACCAACAAUGUCAAAUGUGAAAACUGUGAGACCAAAAUGGUGUAUGAUUCAAGAACGAGAUUGAUUACAUUACCGGAAGGAAGUAGUGCCUAA